AUGGACCAGUUAGGAGAUCACGAUGUGAGCGCAGCGUCCCAGUUGCAGGCAAGUGCGUCCACUAAGGAAGCUACGCGUGUUUGCGAACUCGGCGAUGUGCAAUACUGGGAAGCGUUCUACGCGAACGAACUGGAGCAGUUCGAAGAGAACCCUGAGGUUCUCGAGGAUUGGUUCCAACGCUGGACACGACCGCAUCUCGGUCGUUGGCUUCAACAGACAGCUGGGUGUGACGUCGAGCGGUUGCGGCUGCUCGACGUCGGCUGUGGUAACGGUGAGUUUCUACGCGAACUUGCGCACAAGUACGGUUUUCGACGCCUCUAUGGCUUUGACGCUUCCAUCUACGGCGUUCGGGUCGCGAAACGAAGUUUUGUCCAGCUCUGGGAUGAGUCAGUCCGAAAAGAGGUUCAGCUGGACCUCCAGGUUAGUGACGUGCUUACGUAUUCGCCGCCGACGAGCGACGGCCAUGUGGAAAUCGUGCACGACAAGGGCACUCUGGACGCCAUCCUUCUCAGCGGCGACAUGGCGAAAGUACAUGCGUACAUUGGUCGAUGCAUAUUCGAAUGGCUGAACCCAAUUAAAAACAAGUCGAUGCUCGUGAUAACGAGUUGCAACUGCACCGCUGCAGAACUCGAACAUCUCGUCAUGUCCGUGUUCAAGUCGCACUGGCGAGAUGCCUCCGAUCAAGGCGGAUCACCUGGCUGUGUCUUGCGGUGCCUAGAAGAAGUGCCUCGUUAUCGCGAGCUGCAAUAUGGCGGACAACGCGGCAGCGCUGUUGUAACAAGUGCGUGGACCUGGCAGAGCCCAGGCGACAUCAUUAUCAAAUCGCCAACAAGCGUCUGA